GCCGACUUCUCAUCCCGACGAUGCUGCCAUCCCAGCAUUGCUCAUGCGGUCACCCUGGGCAAGAUAUCUGGUGGUCUAUUUUCACUGCAAUGGCGUGGACUUGGGCAUGUGCAGAGGAUUCUGCAACGUACUUCGGAAGCAGUUCCGAGUGCAUGU